AAAACUUAAUUAUACGACUGAAUUAUAUUAAGUAGUUCAGAAUAUAAAUAUAGAAUGAGAUAAUUUAUAUAUACGGGCCUGUAUAUAAUGUAAUUAGUUUAAAAAUAUAACUCCGAUAAAUGAGUCCUUCUUUAAAGACAAGCUUUAACAAUCAGUUGAAUUUUCAAUGGAUUAUUAUAACAAACUCGUCUUUUUAUUAUUAAUAUUAUUUAUACGAAGACAAAAGGCAUUUAAAACGCCUCCUUUAACUAUUGAAUCUUUUAUACCCAGCGGGCUAAGAAUAUCUAUUCCAGCCGACCCUGGCUUUAAGUUGUUUGGUGUCCACUUUAAUAUAAACAAAGAGAUACCGCUGUUAGAUAAAGGAGAUUAUCACGCUGAUAUUUCUCUAAGUGAAAAUGGCAAAUUAAUUUAUUACAAUCCAACUUUAAAACUCAAAGAUGGCGAUAUAGUAUAUUAUUGGGCCCAAGUUCAAGUUCAAAAUGAAGACGUUCCUGAUGGGCAUAUAAAAUUGCUUUUAAUACACGAUUCCAAAAUAGUAAGUCCAAAGAAGCCAAGUGAAGAAUCUAAUACUGUCAGCAAUAUAAGAGAACCAAGUAUUGUCAAUAAAACGAGCAAUAAAGAUGUUAUUUUAGAUGCAAAGUUUAGCAGCAACUCGAUUGAUGAAAACAUUUGGUUAAUUGAACAAUAUUAUGCUGCUGAGCCGGACUAUGAAUAUGUCAUUUACAAAAACUACCCCAGUGUACUAUCAUCCCAAAAUAAUUUACUUCAUAUUAUACCACAAGUCGAUGAGAAUAUUGUAACAAGUGACGUAAACAUAGAUGGGUGUACACGAAAUACGAAAGACGAAUGCAAUAGAGUUUUUUUCAAUUUUUAUCAACAUCCAAUUAUAUCUGCACGGCUAGUAACAAAGAAAACGUUCUCGUUUGGAGAGUACCAAGUUCGAGCAAAACUGCCAAAAGGAGACUGGCUAUUUCCAGAAAUUUACUUGGAAGACAUUGAUGAUUUGUCAAAAAGGAUGUGGAUCGCUUAUGCCAGAGGAAACGAGGAAUUAACUACAGACGACGGUAAAGAUAUUGGAGGAAGAGUAUUAUAUGGAGGACCUGUAGUAGAACCAGUUGAGCCAGGAAGAAGUCGCUAUCUCAGCACCUAUAAACACAUCGAUUUCAUUGGGAAUGAGAUGCAUACAUUUACCUUACGUUGGACAGCAGAUCAAAUAAACCUUUAUAUGGAUGGUAAUAAAUUAGGAUCAAUUGGUUUAACCAUAUUAAAGGAAACUGGAUUUAACACGCCUAGAAAAAUGAGGCUUGUGCUAGGAGUCGGAGCUGGAGGUCCAAGAAAUUUUCCUGAUCAUUACCAUCCAAAAACGUAUGUAAAACUAUGGAAUUCUACUUCAAACAAGCAAGUUAAAAUGUUUUUCAAGCAAAAGUCUCAAUGGCUGCCCACUUGGAAAAACGGGGAAUUACAAGUGGAAUUUGUUAAAAUAACUGCAUUGUGAUUAACUACUACUAAUAAUAAAUAAUAAAAUGUUAAU